UAAACUCUGAUAUUCUCAACUUCAUCUGCUCUCACACUAAGCUUCUGAAAUCCCAAAUCUAAACCCUAAUUUACUUCUGAGCUCAAAGUUCUGUCCUAGAUAUGGCACCAAAGGCAGAUAAGAAGCCAGCGGAGAAGAAGCCGGCGGAGGAGAAGAAGUCCACAGUAGCAGACAAGGCUCCGGCUGAGAAGAAGCCCAAGGCAGGGAAGAAGCUUCCGAAGGAAGGAGGAGCUGGUGAUAAGAAGAAGAGACACAAGAAGAGUGUGGAGACAUACAAGAUCUACAUCUUCAAGGUUUUGAAGCAGGUUCACCCUGACAUUGGUAUUUCCAGUAAGGCUAUGGGCAUCAUGAACAGUUUCAUCAAUGACAUUUUCGAGAAGCUUGCCCAAGAAUCUUCUAGACUUGCCCGCUACAACAAGAAACCCACCAUUACAUCAAGGGAAAUCCAGACUGCUGUCAGGCUUGUGCUACCAGGAGAAUUGGCCAAACAUGCUGUCUCUGAGGGUACAAAGGCUGUUACAAAGUUCACCAGUUCUUAAACAAAUUAUCUGAUUCCUGAUCUGUGCUCUUGGUCCUCUAUGCUUGUUAGUUGUAUCUAGUGGAUCUGAAGUUCUGUUCCUAGUUUUGAAUAAUUAGAUUCUAGGAUUUAAUUUGCAUUGAAGAAACUGGAUUGUGCAUAUCUUUUAUCUAUUGAAAUGAUUAAAUUGAUCCUGUAGAAGAAGUGUU